CAUGUGACGUUUACAGCGCGCAUAAAACACGACAAGCUUGGUGGAUUUUACAAGCUGUUAUUCAGAUGGAAAGGUAGCGUCUACAAGCUACUUUGGAGAGAGGCGUUAGUAUUCCUGUUCUCCUACGCAAUAGUCAGUCUCGUCUAUAGAUUUGCUCUCAACGAAACACAGAAGACUAGCUUCGAGGCAUUUUGUAUUUAUGCAGAAGAGUUCACGUCGAUGACGCCUAUAAGUUUCGUGUUGGGUUUUUAUGUUUCUAUUAUUGUGCAACGUUGGUGGGACCAGUUUUUGUCUAUUCCCUGGCCAGACAAGUUGGCUUACGAUAUUGCUGCUAACGUGCAUGGGACAGAUGAGGAGGCUCGGAUGCUUCGUCGCACUAUGAUACGUUACAUUAAUCUAGGUGCCUUGCUUACCUACUGCACUGUGAGCAAAUCUGUGAAAAAGAGAUUUCCAUCGCUGGAUUACGUAGUCACUGCAGGUUUCAUGACAGAGGAAGAGAAACGAGUGUAUUUAGAAAUACCUUCCGAUCACCCCAAGCAUUGGUUACCGUGUGCUUGGUUUAUCAAUCUUGUUAGGAAAGCUGUGGAUGACAACCGAAUCAAAUCGGCACCCGCGGCUAAAACGAUAAUUGAUGAUUUGAAUCAAUUCCACGACAAUUGCGAUGACUUGUAUGGUUUUGAUUGGGUAACGAUACCAUUGGUGUACACACAGGUUGUGACCAUUGCUGUUUAUACCUUCUUUUGUGCCUGUUUGUUUGGUAGGCAGUAUCUCCAGCUCGGGCCUGAUAUACAGCGUUAUAAUGUAGAUUACUAUUUCCCAGCCUUUACUAUGCUACAGUUUUUGUUUUACUUUGGGUGGCUUAAGGUAGCUGAAAAUCUCAUGAAUCCAUUCGGUGAAGAUGACGACGAUUUUGAGAUGAACUGGGUAGUGGACAGAAACUUACAGGUGAGCUAUUUGAUCGUGGAUCACAUCUAUAAUCUACAAAUGCCAUUGGUCAAGGAUAUACAUUACGACAUAAUGGAGCCUGAGAUACCACAUACAGAAUUUUCGUUUAAAACCAAAACAGAGCCGUGGAUGGGUUCCGCUUUUAGAGUCAGGAUGUCCAAGUCUGACAUGUCGAUUUCAACUGAGGGAAACAGGAGAAAAAACAGCAGGAGGGACUACGAUGAUGAUAAUUAUGCCCGUAGACGAACAAACUCAGCGCUACAUUCAGAAAUGCAAAAAGAUGAAGAGAUUGGUCAGUGUGACGAAUUCAUUAAAAAAGAUUCGCCUGCAUCACCGUCACGCAGACAUUCAAACGAAAUGCUUUCGGAUGCUAUGGAGACGGAACCAUGUCGCCGAUCGCCUACCAGCGGUGAUAGCCCUAGGAAAACUCUUACUGACUUUGCACUAUUUGAAGAAGAAAAACAACCCCCGCGUUCCUGUACCGUAACGUCACUCUGA